UUUCCAAACACUAAUUCAAUAAUCUGUACGUCUGCCUCUCCGUUAAUAAUGGACGUCGAAGUACCUAUAUUGUCAGGUUAUCUAAAUGUGCCGACGCAAUCAGGAUUCCCCCUGAAUAGGAUUUCCAAAAGAAAAUCAUAUCAGAAAUACUGUUUGCUAUUUAAAUCAAGUAGAUAUGGAAUCGAACGCCUGGAAAUUUGUGAGUCAAAGGAAGAUAAAAAUCCCAAAAUUGUUACUCUGGAGAAUUGUGUUAAAAUAACUCAAGAACCAUCACCCGCUAAUCUUAUUUGUAUAGUUAAGAAAACUGCAACCCUUACACUUAACGCUGUGAAUGAAGAUAGUUUAAAAGAAUGGGUUAAUGCUCUACAAAACGUAGCUUUUCCGAACAACAAAAUACAAAACAUAUCGGCCAUUGAAGAGGAUAACGACUUGUAUUGCAGUUCUUAUGGAGAUGGACUUUUUAUUGUCUCUCUGGUACCCUCGGAAGCUUCAGUACGAUGCAGUAUCGAACCAAAGUGCUAUAUACUGCAAUUGACCGCUACAGAGCUGCAGUUAAAGUCCACAAACGGUUCAAAAAAUGUCAUAUCUAACUGGCCGUACCGUUUCAUUCGCAAAUAUGGAUACCGAGAUGGUAAAUUUACCUUUGAAGCUGGAAGAAAAUGUUCUACUGGUGAAGGGGUAUUUGUUUUGGACCACUCAAAUCCACAAGAUGUUUUUCGCUGUAUGUCUUCGAAAAUGAAAUGUAUGAAAAAACUUAUAUCUGGCGAAGUACCGAAUAUUGAUAGUUGUGAAAAUCAACUCAAUGCUGCAGCGUCCAUGGAAGCAGGAUCAAGGAGCCCAUUGCCUGCCACAUUUUCAGGACAACAUUCCGUAGAUGUUGAAACGAAUUGCAAUCAAAUUAUAAGAUGCUUUUCAUCCAAUGACUCGAACUGCCAUACAGUGAUACAAUCUUCGAAAAACGUUCCCAGUAAACCACCUCGUAAACUUUUAACUGUUGCUGAUAAGUCUCCAGCUUUUGAUUCGCAAAGCGUUCCAACUAAAUCUGAUAAUAGCAUUAUCAACGAGAAUGCAAAACAAUAUAAAAUGUUUGAGCCUGUAACAAUUACAUCUACAAUUGAUCCCAAUAAAUCAGUAGGGUCCACGGUUAUUCUAACACCCUCAUCUCCCAAUAUACAACAUGCUUGCAAUACGAAAAACGAUACAAUUUCCGAUGUCAUACUGUGCAACAACGAUUCGUUAGUGGAAAGAGAUUAUGAAAGCAUAGAACAUAUAACAGAAGCAUGGAGAACGUUAGGCAUAAAUGACGUCAAACACAUUGAAAAUGUACGUCCAUCCGAUGAUAGUAAUUUUGAAGAUAUUCCUUGGUCUCGCGACUUAACUAAAAUCAACAGAGGCCAGUUGAAGGAUCCCAUAUCCAUCGGAGUAACAUCAAAAAUUAUCGAUAUUGAUAUAGGAGAAAGCAAUAAAAGUGUCAAUAACAUUCUACCCACAGAUUUUACAUAUGAUCGCCUAGAGUUUUUAUCAGCCAAUAACCAUACUUCGAGUGGCUAUAAGACUAUUGUGUCUGUUACACCAAUAUCUAGAGUGGCAGGAGCGAUGAAACCUUUACAAAACGAAUACGAACAGAUAAAUGUACCAGAUAUAGAUUCAUGUCGCAAAGCCGAUGACAGUCAUUUGGGUUAUGGUGUGCUUAGAAAAUUAAGAAUCUCUGGGGCCCUAUCAGCUACACCUACACAUAUGACUACAAAUUCUCGUAAUAUUAACACCGACAGUGAUACGAAUAAGCAAGAUGAAGUCGGCCCAAAUUACGUUCAAGUGAAUAAGCCCAAAAUUUUUUAAUGAUUUAUUCUUCAGUUAAGAAUUGUUUGAUUAUCUAAUCUGUGAUUAUGCUUUUGGUAUGUGAGUAUAUCAUCGUGUAUUGACGUAUAAAAAUCUGUUCGAACUGCAUUUACUUCAGUAUAUUAAUGAUUUACGUUUAAAAUUUCGUGGCAUUUAAAAAUACACAAUCAGCAUAUUGUAGUCAGUAAAUUAUAUUUUUUAUACUUUAAGCCAUAAAUUAAUAAAAAAAAUAAAAAUUGU